AUGCUCCGGGUGCUUUAAUUAGAUUAGAUCUCAAAGCCACUCUAAUUAAAGUGCCCACUCGGCUUCUGGAGCACACGUAUAAAUGCCCAUGGUUUUUAAGCGACACAUAAUGUACAUUAGUCUUUCAAUGCGCAUUGACUAAAUAGCAUGGAUUUUCAAUGCUUUAACGUGCAUUAAUAUAGGCUGAUACGCAUUAAAGUGCACAUGGAGACUAAGUGAUGCUAGGAGCAGACAUUUCGUCUGAGUGCUCAGUUUUACUGAGGCUUCUGCUCUGAUUCUGUCAGGGAGAAUGGGCUAAUUUUUGCUCUUAUUUGUGCAGGUGUAAUCCCAAAAAACUGCUGGUUUCUAUAGAGUUACUCUGCAUGUAUACUGCAGCAACUGCACAUAGAAGUUAUCUGGUAGCUGAAGCACUUGGAGCUCUCGGGCAUCUGAUGGACGGCGUUGUAACAACGUCAGGGUUUGAGGCAGAGAAUUAAUUCUUGUUUUGCACAACUUUGAAUAUAGCCCCAAAUUACACUUGUCCAUUCAUUGAGGUGCUUGGGUCCUGGAGCCGGGAAAUGCUCUCGGUGUGACACUGGUGGCUGACUCGCUCUGCAGGCAGGUUGCCAGCCGUGGCAAUCGGUGCCGUUACAAACCAGCACGCAUUGAAUAUCCUGAAAUAAAAACUUAAGUCGGUGCUGUUCUCAGUGCCUGAGGACACGGAGGCAGGGAGCAAAGCAGAGGCACCAACACAGCAAUAAGGGAAGGAAAAUCAAAACAGCUUAAGCAAGCAAUUCUGGAAGCAGCGAAUGCGGAGAGCUAGCUCGAGGGCCUGGCUCUCUCUCUGGGCUGCCGGCGCCACCAUGCCGCCCGCAGAGUUUGCCGGGGGUGGGCGUAACGGAGGCUCGGGCUCGGCGCCUUGCUCUGGCUGGUCCCCAAACCUCAAACCAGUGCCAGCUAAACGCGUUUCAGCUGUAGUCAGUCUUGUCAUAAAAGCCUGACCCAGCGUGUAGGAUCGCCCCUGCCAUGUGACGCUAUGCAAGCCAGUGCCCCCACACAGGAAGUGUCUGCGCUCUUUAUCUUUGCCACGUGGGAACGUGACCGCAGCUUUAUCUCGGUUUCUGUGCUUGCUCGCAGGCUCCGCCGUGGGAAAUGGACUCCCGGCACCCGCCCCCUCUGCGACCAUCUUUCCUCCCCAACCCGACAUCUGCAAGAGAGAUGAAGGUGAACGCUGCCGAGCUUUCCCUUUGGACCGUCAUAGCGGCGAUUCAAGGGGUGGAAAAGAAGGUGGAUUCUCACGCCGCCCGGUUGCUGAACCUGGAGCGCCGGACGGUGACCACCGAGAAGAAAUACUUUGACUGCGAGAAAACAGUCGUGGAUUUUGGGAACCAAAUGGAAAGCAAGUUGGCGGCACUGGGCACCCUGAUCCAGGAGUACGGGUCAUUGCAGCGGCGCCUGGAGAACAUGGAGAACCUGCUCAAGAACAGGAACUUCUGGAUCCUGCGCCUGCCGCCAGGAGCGAAGGGGGAAAUGCCCAAGGUCCCGACGGGUUUUGAAAACGGUGCGGCUUACUUCUCUGAGCAGGAGUGGGAGAACUUAGACGAAUGCCAGAAGGAGCUUUACAAGAACGUGAUGAAGGGCAACUUCGACUCCUUGGUCUCUCUGGACUACGCAAUCUCCAAACCUGACCUCCUCUCCCGGAUUGAACGCGGGGAAGCACCUUGUCCUAGGGACGCAGGGGACUCGGAGGAGCGAGAGAUCCCUGCAGAGCCCAGCACAGAAGCACUAGGGUUUGCACCAGAUGUGGCCUGUGGAAGCGAGGAGAACAGGGGUCUGUGCAUCCAGGGACCGGAGAGCUCGGAGCAGAGAGAUGCCCCCGCCGGGCCCAGGAUCGAGUACGUGGUGUCAGAGUCGACCUUUGGGUCCAGCACGAAGCAAGAAGAAGAGCUGCACGCCGAGAGCCAGGAGACCCUGGAGGAGGAGCAGAUGUUCCCAGCGCCCAGCCUGGACAACGGGCUCGUGUUCAGGACUGAGCUGCGGGAUCACGAGGAGCGUCUCCGACACCUGGAGCUGCAACGAACGCUGUCCGGGCAGGCGGAGGAGCUGGUUUUCCAGAGUCCUUGCGAGGAGAUGCCCUUGGAGGGCCCGUGCAGCUCCGUCGGGCAGCACGGACCCCCUGGGAAGGACGGGCCGGUGGAGCCCAUCCCUGCAGAAGGUAGCUUUGGCGACAGCAACGCCGUCCCUUUCUACCGGCGCGGCUGCCCCGUGGAGAGGCCCUUUGUGUGCGUGGAGUGCGGGAAAGGCUUUCGGCUGAGGAAGAGCCUGGCAAUGCACCAGCGGGGUCACGCCCGGCUGGAGUGCUUGGAGCCGGCCGACCGGGGCGACAGCUUCGCCUUCAAGCAGUACUACGCGCCGCACCCCCGGGUGCCCCCAGGAGCGGGCGCCUACAGCCCCGGGGAGUGCGAGGAGAGUUUUCGGCAGAGCCACGGCCUGAAGACCCACCCACGGGGGCAGCUGGCGGACCGGCCCUACGGCAGCCCCAAGUGCGUGAAGAGCUUUGGCCUCAAACCUGGCUACAGGCCGAGCCAGAGGGGCGCGGGGCGGGAGCGGCCGUACAAGUGCAACCGGUGCCAGGAGUGCUUCUCCCAAAAGAAGACCCUCGUCACGCACCAGCGCAUGCACGCAGGGCGCGGCACGGGGGCCCUCACCUGCACCUACUGCGGCAAGAGCUUCACCCACCCCUCAGACCUCAUCCGGCACCAGCGCAUCCACACCGGGGAGCGCCCCUACCCGUGCGCCGAGUGCGGCAAGAGCUUCACCCAGAAGCAGCACCUGCUGCAGCACCAGAAGAUCCACCUGCGGGAGCGGGGCUGCGUGCCCAGCGGGCGCGAGGCUUUGCUGGGCAACGUCUUCUUCUAGCCAGAGCGGGAGCAAACACCCGCUCCGGUGUGAAGGGUGCUUGGAAGAACAUGUCCCUAGGCAGGGUUGGGGCUGCCCUGCCCCGCGGCCAGCAGCCUGGAGCCUGUAGGAUCCCGCGGGAAAAUAGUUUUCAAGUAAAAGCAUUAGAUGGCUGCGGUGUCAAGAGAGCGAACGGACUGAUCCCGAUGAAGCUGGCGUCUCUUGAGAGAUCCUGCAGCAGGCAGUUCUGCAGGUCACUUAGUCCCGUGGCACACGGGUUCACAAAGCCUCUCAGGUCGUGGAGCACGAGCCGUGCGCCGAGGCUCGGUCUCUGCUCGGGUGCCGGGAUCCUGGCGGAAGAGAGGCAGAUCGAUGGCUGAGGGCAGGGCAGCCCCUCCUUACCUGGGGAGAGGUGUACUGGCAGGACAGACUCGCGAAGCUUUCGCUGCUCUCGCCGCAGGCGUCCUGGAGUUCGAGUCAGCCCAACCCCUUCUCAGGACAUAAAGAAAGACCUAAUUUGCUCCGAUUAACACGGCCGAGCCAGAGUCCGCUCGCUCCGCUCCGCUGACGUCAGUGUGGAGUGAUCCUGCUGCAGACUGGAGAAACUCUGCUUGCGCUAGGACGACCGCCCGCAGCCUUCGUCCUGGUGCCUCUACCCUGACGAGGAGACAGCACUCAGCGCGCCUGUUGUCUGCUGAAGAGACAACCGAUUGAAUCGAAGGGAAAGACAGUUGCUUAGCAGGAAGGCGGUGCUCGCGUUACACUAAAACACUCCUCGUGUUUCUUCCUGCCUUCGCUGACAGCCCUGGUUGCCCUCUCUUCCGUCGGUUUGCCCAGAUCUUAACACUUCUGUUUGGCUGACUUGUCGGUUCAUUAUUUCCCCUGCCUUUGUUCCCCCUGCGCAGCUCACGGUGCAUCGGGCCGUCCGUUCUGUUCUUUCGCUCUCGUCUUCGGGGAUCGUUUCUGUUAUGCCACCGCAUGAGCGCUUCCCAGCUGCUCAGAUGUGUUUGGCAAGGUGCCCAAACACUUCAGUCCCCGCUGCAUUGAGACUAAAAUGAUUACCUGGGUUGAGCCGUGUUUUAGGUGGUCGCUGCAGGCUGAUCCACAUCACCUUGAAUCUGGGGUUAGAAACCGUCUUGUCCCUUCCUAGCUCAGGUUUGAGUCCCUAACUGGGGCUCGGGUGAGUUGACUCGCCGCUUGUGCAGACACCAGGCUGUUGCAUGCAGACAGACAUGGGGGAGCCCCUUGAGGGUCCUCUGAGAGAGAGGAGAAGGGGAAGACCGGGGAACUUGCAGGAGGAAGCUAUAAUCCAGCUUCUUGAGAGUGCUUACAGAGCCUUUCCCCUGUACGUCAUACCUAAAAAGUGUCACCGACCCAAUGCGGGCCCAUUCUCCCUGCCCAGCCAAGCUGCAUUUGGCCCAGGUUUGCCUGGGAGCAGCUUUUGAACCCGGUUCGUGACAGCUUCACCUCCUGUGCCGCUGGAGGUUUGCGUCUCAGGCUGCAGCAGCUCUGCUUGGGCGGGGAGGCCCCUGGCCCUUCCUCCCAGCACAGUCUCGUGCCCUGGCUGUGCAGCCCUGAGCUUUCAUCUCGCCUUUGUCUCCCACCCCUCCGAAUAUUGCAGUCCCCGAGCUGCGAGGGUUUGUGCUUGUCACGAGGCACCCCAGCCAGCCUGGAUCGCUGCAAGGCAGCCGGCAGAGCUUGCGUCUUCCUGACACGGCGGUUUCUGCCACUUGUGCUAGAGGAGAACCGCUCCUCGCAGGUAGCACUACAGGACUUCCGACACACGAAGGCCUGGCUCUGAUUUUAUCUAGUACAGGUACACGAGCCAGUUCCUUAGUGGUUUGGUUUUUAGUGACUCCUCUUAAGCCCUGUGUUUCCCCCUUUUAGCCUGUACUGUUUAGACUGUGAGCCCUCUGGGGCAGGGGACGCGUUUCUGUGCUAUCUGCAAAGCGCCGGUUCCCUUGGCAGCAGUAGAUACUUGAUUUUUAAUAAUAAAUUCAGACUUGAACACAU